GCAGCAAUUAUGUUACAGUACCUAACUUCAAUCACCAUAGGAAAUCAAAAUUGUCGGCAAUUUCAGUCAGGACUAUAUUUAUAUGGUAAUCACAUUGUGAAUGAUAAAGGAAUGUAACAUGGAUCCAAGCUAUCGCCAGGGUUUUUAUCCGUCUGUCGAGAGAGAACAGGAUCAGCGCCAUCCCCACCACACACUCCAUCACCCCCAGUUACAGCAGCAACACCUACAACACUACCAGAUCCCUUUCCACAUCUCACCACAGCAGCCCCCGUUCAUGGUUGACCAGGUCGAGCCGUUGAGGAAUAGGGAAGAGUUUGGAAAUGGCCAGGUUAUGCUUCGUUCCAUCUAUACUGGAUCUGUACAUCCAAAUGCCAACACAAGUCUUCAGGCCUCCAGUGAGCAUCCUGUUAAUUAUUCUCCGGGCCUUCAACAUGUCACCUUACUCCAGCCUACCACCCAAUCAUCAGGCUUCCCAUCCUCUACCUCUCCUACCACCUGUCAGGCCGGUAUCUUCACCCCUCCACCGGUAAUCACCAGUGACCACACCCCUGUGAUUACCCCUCUUGAUCCUGCAGCCAGCAGUGGAAUCAUCGGCAAAGAGCAACCUGACACUCCAAACUGUCUCACUCCUGCUAACCUUCAGUCCGAUCCAAUCACUGCGCCUACCUCAACCUUUCCCUCCACUAUCACCUCCAUCCGUCAGACCGUUCUAUCCCAUCCGACUAUCGUCCCACCAAACAUUAGUUCACAAUCCAGAACACCAAAUGUCCUAACACCAUCAUCCGCUUUGCAGAAGAAUUUGGUUGUAUCACAAAGUGUCUUUAACUUGAGAGGACGGAAGUCAAGAGAAAAGUCCAAAAGGGAGGAGAAGACGCCAGAAGCAGAUUUGCCAGAUUUCUUACAUUUUAAGUUUGAUUCAGAGGAUAAGGAGAACAUCAGGGGUGUGAUCGCAACUGGAUUGGUAGAGAAGGGGACAAUGUUUGGUCCAUAUGAAGGCAAUCUAUUGGAUGAAGACAGUGGAGCUCAUAAGGAAUCUACUUGGGAGCUUUGCUUACGAGGCAAGGUCUUUCUGUACAUUGAUGGCAAACGCAAGGGCCGUUCACAUAUGAUGUCCUAUGUGCAGUGCGCACGGAAUGAAUCUGAACAGAACCUGGAGGCCGUCCAGUCGUUUGGUGACGUCUACUUCCGAGCGAUGAAGACGAUUGAGCCGGGAGAAGAGCUCAAGGUGUUCUAUAGUGAGGUGUACAGUGACAUCGUGGGAUUUAAAAUGAAAUUGGAUGAUCUUAUCUAUCAUGAAGAUGAUGAUGACUUUGAAUGCAAGCAAUGCAGCACUAGGCUUCCAUCUGCCAAGAGAAUGCUAAGACACAUCAAGUUUGAUCAUGAGACUGAUUCCUCAAAGGAGCUAUGUCCCAUUGUAACAUGGAAGGUAAAGUCCAAGACUGACAUUGAGAACAUUCAUCCAAGCUCUGAACAAGCUAAUGAGAAAGAAGACAGCACUGAGACAAGCAAGCACUACACCUGCACUGUCUGUGGUAAGAACUUCCCAACUGAAGGAAGGCUGGAGGCUCAUGCCAUGUUCCACGAGUUCACCGAAGACCACACCUGCCCAGUAUGCGGAGAGAGACAGAGGAAUACAUUCAUGCUGACAAAACACAUGGCAAGGCACGUCAGUAGGACCCACAAGUGCAGCAAAUGUGACAAGGCGUAUAAAACCAGAGGAGCGCUGUACAGACAUGAGCGAGAUAUGCAUGGUAUACCAGUGGUCAGGAACCAUAAGUGCAGGAUAUGUCCCAUUCGCUUCGCCAAGAAGCUUGAGUGCUUGAAGCAUGAGAUGACACACAGAGAAUUCAAGGAUGUUGUAGGCACGCCAAAGAAGAGAGCUUGCAAGAUGAACGUAGAACCUGAUAAAAGAACCAAACAGCAGACAAAGAAUGAUGAUAAUAUUGAAAAUGUCAUUGGAAGCUCAGAUUCUGUCGGAAACGAAAGAUUAUCCAUUCCUGAAGAAGAAAAAAAUCACAAUGCUAGCAUUAAAACCAGUAGGGGGGACACUGAAAGAUUGCCCAUGCAGCCUCGUAAUCGGAAACCAAAGGCAAAAACAAAGGCAAGGGGUAAACCCCAGGAGCCCCAAGACAUGUUGGGUAAAGCGGCUGACUAUUACAUCAAACCGAGACCUUUCAAGUGUCGCUACUGCUCCAAGAGGUAUGUUGAUAAGACCAAAGCUUAUGAGCAUGAGAAGGAAGUCCACGAAGGCAAAGGAACAUAUAAAUGCACAGACUGUGGAAGGAUGUUCAUGAACGAAGCCCGUUUCUUGGAUCACGUCAAGAACCAUGAACAGCAUCGGUUGUACAGAUGCAACCUCUGUGCUCGAUCCUUCGCCUCAGAGACUGCUUUGAACAACCAUCAAGGCGAACACAACGGUCUGAAACCUUACAAGUGUGACCUCUGUGGACGUGGCUUCCGUGUCAAGAAUGCCGUCUACCAGCACAAGAGACGUAUGCACCAGACACGGCAAAUGCGCUUCUUCUGCACUGUCUGCAACAAGGGCUUCCCGGACAAAGGUGGCCUGACCAAGCAUGAGAGACGCCACAAGGGUAUCCGACCCUUUGUGUGUUUGGUGUGUGGGAAAGGAUUCACUGUGAAGCAUAGCUUACAGGUUCACAUGCAGAGUAUGCAUGAAGAGAAGAGACCCUUCACCUGUCACAUCUGCUUGAAGACAUUCUCCUUGAAUCAUAGCUUUACGUCUCACAUGUUCAGGCACAAGAUACAGGGUGGGGAACCUUCAGAACAUUUCCAACAACAACAGCAAUCUUAGAGGAAUGGCAAUUCAAAUCACCUACAUGUAUUGCUAUUAUGUCUAUGGCGAUGUUAAGAUUAUAUUUUAUUGAACAAGAUAAUGAUAUUACUAGAAACUUGGUUUGAGCAAUCACAUUAUGGUGCAAUAACUUUAGGCCUACACGUCUUGAUGCCAUUUUACUACUCUGUCAAAUAGACAAAUGACACAAAAUGUUCUUUCCGUAUAUCAGAUCAACAUUGAUUUAUUUGACUUUACAUUUACUUUCUGGUACCAAAAUUUACUCAUAAACAAUAAUAGAAAUAGCUCUAUUGA